UGUGUUCUUUCCUAUUGUCAAACGCCUCCCUCACGUUCAGGCAAACCACUGCUCGCCCCUCUCACGCUCGCCGACGCAGCAGCUCUCGCCGUCGCAGCAGGUCACCGCCGUCGCCGCAGGUCGCUGGCGCUGCAGCAGAUCUCGCCGUCACACAGAUCACCGGCGCCGCAGCUCUCAAGUCGCAGAAGCUCGCCGUCGCAGGAGCUCGCGCGCGCAGCAGCUCGGGGUGAGAAUCAGAAUUCAAGAUAGGCAUUUUCUUUAUAAGUGUAGGGGUACAAUCUAAUUAAAGGUUGUUCCAAUCUCUGACGCCAUCAAGCCAACUGCCGCCAACCCUUCCAUCUCCAUCCCUAAUUAAAAAAAGUCAAGGUUGACAGCAGCAACUAUGGCGGGAGUUGUUAAUAAGUUCUUUAUUACAUCGUUGAUUAUGUGGGCAGCUCCAAUUGCAAUUUUGUACGCCUUCAAUCACAACUUAAUUCCUGGUAUGACCGACAUGUCUCCCCAUUCUAUGACAUUAGUGAGUGGAUUCGUUGCUGUCAUAUCGGUCAAUGUGGUUAUUGCAUUUUACAUUUGUCUGGCAAUGAGAGAACCCUCAGAUAAACAUGAGCCUGAUCCUAAAUUCCUGGCAGAGGCCAAAGCUAGUGUAAAGCAGUUGGGGCAAAAUCAAGACGGGGACUCAUCGGACUCCCGAACAAAACAAGAGUGAAUGGAAGGAUAAAGGUAGAGCAUAAAUGUUCUUGAAGGCAUUGGACACAGUUCUAACUUUGUGGGAGAAAAUACAAUGAUUAAAUUUUUUGACCUGGCUGUAUUAUUUAAAAUUUUGAUCAUUCGCAGGGAGGACUUUGUUCCUAGUUUAACUUGGUAAUAUUGGUUUGUUGUGAAGUACAAAAUUCCUUGUAUAUUUGGCUUAUCCUU